CAUAAGUUCAUAACGCUUAUAUCGCGGUGCAAGUCGCAAGAGUUUGGGCCCCUACAAUACCAAUCCUUAUUAUUUACUCUACCCGACCCAAUCCAACAUCACUUCCCACUUCACCUACAGAGCGCCAAGAUGUCAUCAUCAAAUCCCCGCCACAAUACCGCUGAGGACGCGGAGGAGCCCGAGCUCCUCACGGAAGACGACGUACAGGAGGUGCUCGAGGGCGAUGACGCCGACGGAGACGUGCCCAUGGCUUCGGACGACGAGGGUGAGGAGAUACUGCUGCAGAACGACAGCAUCGCGUACUUCGACGGCCACAAAGACUCGGUCUUCGCCAUCGCGCAGCACCCGCUGUACCCGAGCUUGAUUGCGACAGGCGGCUCCGAGGGCGACGCCGACGAUGCGCCGGGCAAGGGCUACGUGAUCGACACGUCGGCCGCCGUCUCGCGCCCGGUGCUCCCGCCGAGCUACAACUCGGACCCCAGCUCGGCGCAGAAUACCGCGCUAGAACCGCUCUUCGCCAUCGACGGCCACACCGACAGCCUCAACGCGCUGGCCUUCACCCUCCCGCGCGGCGACUUCCUGGUCAGCGGCGGCAUGGACGGCCGCCUGCGCGUCUACGCGUGCUCCGCAUCCGCCGACCAGUCCGGCGCCGUCUCGGCACAGUUCGCCUUCCUCGCUGAGUCGCAAGAAACAGAGGAGAUCAACUGGCUCUCGCCGUGCCCGUCGCCCGACUACCCAAACACCGUCGCGCUCGGCGCGUCCGACGGCUCCGUCUGGAUCCUCACCCUCGACGCCUCCGACAAAUCCAACCCGAUCCAGAUCGUCCAGAGCUACUUCCUCCACACCGGCCCCUGCACCGCCGGCGCCUGGACGCCCGACGGCCUGCUGCUAGCCACCGUGUCCGAAGACUCGUCGCUACACGUCUACGACGUCUGGGGCGCGGCCGCCGCCAGGUCGCUGGUAACCGACAACGGCCAGACGGUGGUCUCGCUGACCGAAGCCGACCAGCGCUUCGCGGUCGAAGGCGGCCUCUACUCCCUCGCCAUCUCACCCUCAGGCGGCAUCCUAGCCGCCGGCGGCGCGGCCGGCUCCAUCCGGGUCAUCACGCUGCCCCGCCUCUCCCAGCAACCAUCAUCAUCCACCACCUCGCAAGGCCCAGGCGCGCCCGGCACGCUUCUGGCAGCCAUGCAAGUGCAGUCCGACAGCGUGGAGUCGCUCGCCUUCUCGCCUUCCACGCCGCUCCUGGCGGCGGGCUCCGUCGACGGCAGCAUCGCCGUGUUCGACGCGGGCCGGUCGUUUGCGGUGCGCCGCCACCUGCGCGGCGCACACGAGGGGGAGUCGGUCGUCAAGGUCGAGUUUGUCAAGUCUUCUGGUUCUGGUGGUGGUGGCGCCGCUGCCGGGGCGGCCGCGGGGUGGCUGCUUACCUCGUGCGGGCUGGACGGGGCGGUUAGGAGGUGGGAUCUGAGGGGCGCCACGGCCAGUCAGGCGGUUGUGGCUUCCGGGGAGGUGACCGGGUUGGUGAAGGAGUGGAAGGGGCAUAGAGGCGGGGGGGAGGGCGGCGGGGUGUUAGGGUUUGUGCAGGGUGAGACUGGGGAGAGGGUGGUUACGGCUGGGGAUGAUGGGCUUGUGUUGGUUUUUGAGGCGUGAUGAUUCCCCCCCCCCCCCCCC